ACUCUUGUUAGUUAAAUUAAAUUAGGAAAGUCAACAGUUGGCAGCAAAAUCCCCAAAAUUUUGGAACCCUAAACCUAACCGCAACUCCUUCUUCCUCCUCAAACCCUCCCCAAAAGUCUCACAAAAAAGCUUUCAGCUUUCUAUCCUCUCUCUGAUCCCUAAUCCUCCCUCUGAGCAGCUAAACCUCGAACGGCAGGAACCCAAUUGAACACAACCCGUAACCCGAACCGAGUCGAACUGAAGCCCUAAAAUUUUCUUUAUUUCCCCUAAUUUCUCUCCAUGGCCACCGAUGCUUCCCCAAAAUUUCAAAAACCGGAUCUUUUAUCAGUGCCACAACCACCCGAUUACCACCGCCCGGAGGUCGCCGUUUCGCCGGAGCACGACGGACUGCAUUUCUGGCAGUUCAUGAUAGCCGGUUCAAUCGCCGGCAUGGUGGAACACAUGGCCAUGUUCCCCGUAGAUACAAUUAAAACCCAAAUGCAAGCCUUAGGUUCUUGUCCUCUUAAAUAUGCCAGUAUCCGUACAGCUCUCGGGUCAAUUCUCAAAUCCGAAGGGAUUCCUGGGCUUUACCGUGGUAUUGGAGCUAUGGGCCUGGGUGCUGGCCCAGCCCAUGCCGUUUACUUCUCCAUUUAUGAGAUUUGUAAGAAGAGUUUUUCUGGCGGGAACCCGAAUAAUUCUGGUGCACAUGCUAUUUCGGGUGUUUUUGCCACGGUAGCAAGUGAUGCGGUGUUUACGCCUAUGGAUAUGGUGAAACAGAGGCUGCAGUUGAGUGAUAGUCCGUACAAAGGUGUAAUGGAUUGUGUGAAGAGGGUUUUGAAGGAAGAAGGGUUUAAUGCUUUUUAUGCUUCGUAUAAAACUACAGUCUUGAUGAAUGCCCCAUAUACGGCUGUGCAUUUUGCUACCUAUGAGGCUGCGAAACGGAGUUUAUUAGGGGUUUCGCCAGAGAGUGCAAGUGACGAAAGAUUGAUAGUUCAUGCCACUGCUGGUGCGGCAGCUGGGGCGUCUGCGGCAUUGAUUACAACGCCGCUUGAUGGUGUCAAGACGCAAUUACAAUGUCAGGGUGUCUGCGGCUGUGACAGAUUUAAAUCUGGGUCAAUUAGGGAUGUUUUUCGGACAAUUCUGAAGAAGGAUGGAUACAAGGGUCUUAUGAGGGGUUGGAUGCCAAGGAUGCUUUUCCAUGCUCCUGCCGCUGCAAUUUGCUGGUCUACAUAUGAAGCUUCCAAGGCCUUCUUCCAAGAGCUCAAUACUGGUAGCAGCAGUGUGACCUGAAAAUAUAUUAUAGUGAAAGAGGGAAUAUUAUCACUUUAUCUCCAAAAUCUCUGUUGUUGUAUGCAUACCAUCUUUUUUUAUGGUCGAGCAGAAAUUUUACUUGCUGCUGGGGACUGAAGAAGGAGAGACAAGAAGAGGGAUUGUGUAGCCUUAAUUGGCAUGUACAACCACGUAACGGUAUUUCAUUUUUAUUUAGGUUCUAUAUAAUUUAUUUUAAAUUCGAAUGAGUUAGCUGAGAUUGAGUCAUUGUUUGAUGAUUUUUUUUCCAUGUCAUGGAGAAAUAGGGUGAAUUGGAUUGGAAAAUUGUGUUGAAAAUUUUGAACAUUAAUUCUUCAAAUGCCAUGUUGCCCGAAAGUUUUGGAACAUUAA